CGUCACCUAGCUUCGCACUCGUAGGUCAUGCCAACUCAGUUAUUCACACUGCCCGAUCCGUUAUCUAUAAGGCAAGGUAGAUAAAAACCACGCCUGACAGACAUAUGUCCUUUAUACGGUACCAAUUAUAACGUGGAAAGACAUGCUAUUCCACUGAAAUCAACUUCAGCUAUAGUCAGAAAACAAUGGAGGAAAACAGGAUCACAGUCUUACCAGCUGAGUCCUCUCAACCAGACAAGCUGAGUUCUAGUAUUGACCAAUCAGGUGAAUUGUCACAGAGUUCCUUGGAGACGACACCCCAUGUACAGGAACAGGAAAUCAGCCAGAGCUCGAACAAUCCAGAACCUAUGAAGCCGAAACGUAAAAAGAGAGACAAAUAUAUUCCCGAUGCUGUUCCACUUGAACUACCUCCUUGUAAAAUAUGCGGCAAAAAGGCUUCUGGGAAUCACUAUGGAGUCAUCAGCUGUGAAGCUUGUAAAGGAUUUUUUAGAAGAUACCUACAAAGAAAAAUUCCUUACAAAUGUAGCAAAGGGGGCAAGUGCCUAGAAGUCUCAAACAGUAAGAAGAGCUCCCUCUGUUCUGCCUGCCGAAUGCAGAAAUGUCUGGACUUGGGCAUGUGUAGAGAAGGAAUCCGUCAAGGCAGAUACACAUCUACAGAGAGGGCUCAUGCCAUCGAGCAAAUGAAAAAGUUAAAACAGGAGAAUGUCACAGACAAAGACAGCUCAUCAUCUCAAGGAAAUCAGAAUUCAAAUUUCAAUAACAGCCAAGAAUGUAUUGACUUAUCUUUACCAAAGCAAUGGGGGACAUCAACUGAUUCAAAUACAGGGGCCACAGGAAGUAGUGGUACGGCUUCCCAGGAUUCCACCAGUUCAGGAACAGGAAGUUCUGAUGAAGGGUCAAAGGUCAAUGAGGUGCGUCCUGAGGACAGCGAGAUGGCAAGCUUGUUGGACAGUAUUGUCAAGGGAUACCAUGAGCUCAAUCCACAUAUCAAAACACUGACUGAUGAGGAGGCGAACAGUGUCAUAAAAGAAGGCUAUAGAAAGCACAAGGAGAAGGUGGAGAUGUUUGGUAAUAUGGACCCCAUUCCUGCUGGAGUCUACAGUGAAAUUUACAAAAAUACACAAAUGGACAUGGAUGGACGGUUGGAAAUUUUUCAGGUAAUCAGAGAAGAGCUAGCUAUUCUAAUUCACGAGUAUGUGCGGUUUACUCAUGGAAUCCCAGGUUUCUCUGAAUUACCACCCACAGACCAAGCUAAGCUUCUAAAAGCUGCAAGACUGGAAUUCUUCUUUAUUUUGGGCUACAGAUGUUUCGAUUCUGAGACUAAAAUGUUGAUGACGUAUAAAGGGCAUGUAUAUCCCAUCAGACAGUAUUACCCGUACAUAUCCGAGGAGAUGGCGGUGAAGUGGUUAAAUAUCUCAAACGACGUCAGAAAUCUCCAUCUGACCACGCAGGAACAUGCUGUUAUUCUCGCCAUCUGUCUAACAUUUACAGACAGAUGUGAACUGGACGCCCGGGACGACGUGGAGAAGAUACAGAUGCUAUUUAUAGAAGCACUGCAAUACUUGCUCAACAAAAGAGUGAAGAGCGAGAGUGGACUGCAUUUCUCUAAAAUCCUAAACGUGUUUCUGAAGUUGAGAGAAAUGAAUGAGGAAUUCCUCAAAUUUUAUAAACAGAUGUGUGAAGACCCCAUGAUUCAACAGCAUAUGCCAGAACUACUUCAUUUUCUCAUAGACUGAUUACCAGUAGUGUGCGUUCAUUAAUUCACUAAAUACUUUGGUGGAAUGAUAUCAUCCAUGACAACCCAGUGUGCUGCACAGUUCUCUUUGGAAGACACAAUGUCAUAUCGACAGUGCCCAUUAAUUACCUUCUGUUAAUCAUAUACAUUUGUUUUUUUAUAUUACACAACAUACAUUCCACUCUCUUAAUCUCAGCAUGGUUGCUUUUUGCAGUUCUCAUUUCUAUUUGUCCUGAGUAAAAUGUUUCCGUGAAUGGUCCCAUUGAUAUCUUCACUUUGUAUAUAAUUUUCUGGCUUUACUUACCACUUUCUGUUGUGCGACUUUUAUCAAUGUCUGUGAUAUAAAACCCUAAUAUACAUAUCAUUUAAUUUAUACAAUAUUAUGAUUUCAUUGUUCUUAACAGAAGUAUAAGAGAAAUUCUUUAGACAUGUUGUAGUAGAAUAUCUCGCAGAGACUGAAGAAUAUCUUUAUUUUCCCCAUUAUUAUUAACCACAGUAAUUUUGCUAGUGUUUAGGAUCCUUUUGUGUUCAAUUAGAUUUACAGGUACAUGUAUGUAUACAUCUCUGUAAAAUUCCAACCACUGUAAAUUCACCGAUUUUCAUUGGACAAGAUUUUUGCAGUUGUAGGAAAAUGGAGACUUGAUAAUGUGGUGGAAAAGUUGGUUCAGUUCGUUUAGGAUUUUAAUUUUCUACUUUGGUUCAGUCCGUUUAGGAUUUUAAUUUUUGGGUAUGCACUUAUUACUGUACCACUAAAAGAUUGAAAAUUAAAUCUUCGUGAAAAUUUAUGAUUUUACAGUAUAGUUUGUAUAUCGUGAUUAGGCCAAAAAAUAGUUCCUCUCGCCUACACAGAAGUAAUCUAAAUGUACAUUGUAGCUAUAUUUAGGAAUUUUUUUGUACAAUUUUAUAUUUAUUAAGAUUUAUUACUAUAUUAUAGGUCUCUUUCUAGGGUGUCUUCUUUGAGAAUUUUUAUCUAAUCCAUGUAUAUAAUGUUUUCUUUAUGCAAAUGGGGAUAGAAGUCAAAAGAAGCCUUAAAAGGACAAAGGUCAUAUCAUUCUGCAGGCUGCAAUAUAUUUUUAACCUCAGCCAGCAUGCUCAAUUCUUACAAUAAACAAUCAAACAAAAGACAAUCAAGUUAAACUAUAUCCAGUGCUCUGAAAAUCAUAUUCCUUUCUAUAUAUACAGAAAAAUAUGCAUUUUAUAACAAUUGUAUAUUUAUGGGAAUUACUCUCUACAUGCAUCAGAUCAUAACCCUUUUGUGCAUCCUUCAUCGUCAUAUAAACAUAUAUUAUUUAUUUUAUUGAUAGAUUGUAGUGAGGGAAUUUUAUCCAAUCCAAUGUUCAAUAAAUGACUUGGCGUCAACACAUUGUAAAAGCAUACUUUAUUUUAUAUGUCUUUCGUCCUUUGUAUAUGUAAUUCAUAAUGACAUGCUUGAUAUGUUGUGAUUUAAUUGAGACUUGGCAGCAUAUUGAUUACAACAUCUAAUGCAGAGUGUAUCAUAAGAUCGAGAGAUCCUUUUUAAUACAAGUUGAUAUUCAGUUAAUAUUGCAUGCACAUUAACCUUUGAUAAUAGUUGUCAUUCAAAAUGUAUAUUUUGUGUUAUGUAGUUGUAAUAGGACUGAAAAUUGGCAGCAUAGUAAUUAUAAUACCUGAUGCAAGUUAAUAUACUAGCUGGUAAACUAUAGGAGCACCAUGGUGUGAGUGUGUGUCCCGGGGGGGGGGGGGGGGGGGGGGGGGUGAGUAGUACAUGUGUAUUGUAUACUAGUAAUACUAUUAUGUGAGUAAUUGAUAUUCAUCUGAAUCGAUGAGGAAUCUCUCUUGUGAAAUCCAAGUUCUCGGUCAGUUUUUAUAUAUUCAUAGCACUGUAAUGGAUUCAUUUCAUCGGCAUUAAAUUUGAUAUUAGUGGCAUUGCUCAAUUGAAACUAAUAAUUAUAGAAAUCAGAUAACAACUCUGGGGGAAAUACAUGUAUUAAGAUAUAUAUCGAUCCGCAGUUUUGUUACCUCAGAAAGCCAAUUAGUUCUGUUGCUAGGUUUUGUUCAACCACAAAAUUAAAGAAAAUUAGUUUUUAAUGAAUGGAGAUCAAUGUCAAGAAUAUUAUGUUUCCAGUGUUUUUACCUUAAUCUUUACCAAUCGAAAUGAUAGCCAUUCCUCACAGAUCUGGACAGAGUGCGUAUGAAUCUUGAUAAAUAUAGUGCGCAUUUCAACAACUGGGAAUAGUCAAAUAGAAAAUUAAUGCUGAUGGAAUCUACAUUAUUUUAAUGGUACAGUCUACUCUCUGGAUAUAAUGAAAUUCAGGGGACCGACCUGAAUUGUUCAUUAUAUCCCGAUCGAGUUCAGUAUUAUAACCAAUGCUGAACUACACAAAUGUUGCUACUGGGGGAUUAAUUUUCACUUCAAUAUAACAGAUAGUUUUAACCAACUUCAAUAUACGUGGAGUGGACUGUGCAAAGAUACAGUACAAGAAUACUGAUUGAAAAUAAAAAUAUUUACAAUAAUAAUUGGCCCAGUCAGCAUCAGGUUCCCAAAACAUAAUUACAUUUUAUAUUUAACUAUAUCUAUAUAUUUCAUGUUAUACUUUCUAGAAUGUAGAAUUGUUGCCAGUUAAAUGGUGAAAGUUUUGCUACACAAACAGUGUUGCACAGUUUUACAUUGCCAAAAAAUGCAAUAUAAUUCUUAACCAAUGAAAAUUUGGAAGUAAUUUCACAGUACGGGUUACUCGAGAUAAAUUGAAGUUCAACAGACCUUAUAUAAAUUUUAUUACUAAGAGUCCAAGUCAAAUCCGGCCAUUAUGAUUAAGAUUUUACAGUAAUUUGAUUAUAUCAAGCUCCAGUCAGCAUAGUAUAUUCUGUUACACCAAAACUCCCAAUAUCAUUGUUCAUAGCAGAAAGUAGUCCCGGAGAAUUGACACUGUACGGAGUUUGGGAUUGUAUAUUGUACUUCAUGUUUUUAGGUAAUUUCAACAACACAGAACUUUACCUUGCAUCAAUAAAAAGAUUUUCAAAAAGUUUAAA